GGAUUAGCCCCAGUCUUCUGUAAAUAUGAUGAAUGCAUCGGCCAGCUUCAUUAGCUCAGCCUUCCCACAGCACAGCUUUAUUAGUCUGAGGUGGCUCUGUUGGGGUUUAUCAACGGCAGAGAGAGUUUUUCCAUUUUUAUUUGGUGCGAACAGAACACAGAAAAUGCUGGAGACCGGGUCUGUGAUCUUUUUUAUCUUUUCCUGGAUUUGCGUGAAGGAGGGUUUGACAAACAGUAUUUAAUGAUUUGUUUGUGUUGCAGAGUUGGUUCUUCAGUCUUUAAGGACAAAUGAUCUGCAGUGGACUGAUCUUUUUCACUGCAGACUGACUUCAGUUUUCUUCUUUUUCUAUGGUUGAUUUUUAAAAUUUGAUGCUUUACCAUGCCGAAUGAAACGCAGCAGCGACAGUUCAGGCAGGGAUGGAGUGUUUCUCAUUCACUCUUUAACCAAGACUUUGUGUAGCUCACCAGAGGAAACACACGCAGAUUUUAAUGGACAGACACAUAUUCCUCAGGAAGACGACUCUGGGAUUAAAUCAGCUGAGGACAGUAACGAGACGCCGUCCUCCGAAGAAGACCAGGACCUGGUAGACUUUAACCCAGACCUGACAAACAUCAAACAGAGCAUCUCCUCGUCCAGGAAGACCAUCAGUCAGAUCAUCAAAGACAAGAAGAAGCAGACACAGCUCACUCUGCAGUGGCUGGAGGAGAACUACAUAGUGUGUGAGGGAGUGUGUCUGCCUCGAUGUAUCCUCUACGCCCACUAUCUGGAUUUCUGCAGGAAAGAGAAACUGGAGCCGGCCUGUGCUGCAACGUUCGGGAAGACGAUUCGACAGAAGUUUCCUCUCCUAACAACAAGAAGACUCGGCACCAGAGGACACUCAAAGUAUCAUUACUAUGGAAUUGGCAUCAAAGAGAGCAGCGCGUACUAUCACUCUGUGUAUUCUGGAAAAGGUUUGACCAGAUUUUCAGGGAGCAAACUCAAGAAUGAGGGAGGUUUCACCAGGAAAUACUCUCUGAGCUCUAAAACUGGGACGUUGCUCCCAGAUUUCCCCAACGCUCAACAUCUUCUGCUGCAGGGAAACAUCUCCAGAGAAAAGGUGGACACUCUGAUCAUGAUGUAUAAAACACACUGUCAGUGCAUCCUGGACAACGCCAUUAAUGUCAACUUUGAGGAGAUCCAGAAUUUUCUGCUCCACUUCUGGCAGGGAAUGCCCGACCACCUGCUGCCGCUGCUGGAAAACCCCGUCAUAGUCGACAUCUUCUGCGUCUGUGACUCCAUUCUCUAUAAGGUUUUAACAGAUGUUCUGAUUCCUGCCACGAUGCAGGAGAUGCCUGAAAGUCUGUUGGCAGAUAUCCGCAACUUUGCCAAACACUGGGAGCACUGGUUGGCCUCCUCCCUGGAAAACCUCCCGGACUGUCUCGCAGCCAAGAAACUGCCCAUCGCACAGCGCUUCGUCUCCUCCCUGAAGAGACAGACCUCGUUCUUACACCUGGCACAGAUAGCUCGUCCAGCGCUGUUUGACCAGGCUGUGGUGACCAGCAUGGUGCUGGAUAUCGAUAAUGUGGAUCUCAGCAGUAUCAGCUCACAGCCUCUGGUCAGCAUUAACGCUACUGGAGACCAGGACCCAGACAUCUACUCUGAGUAUGACUCCAUCACCGUCUUCCAGGAGCUGAAGGAGCUGCUGAGGAAGAACGCCACAGUGGAGUCUUUCAUCGAGUGGUUAGACUCUGUCGUGGAGCAUAAAGUCAUCAAGCCCGGGAAGCAGAGCGGUCGGUCGGUGAAGAAGCGAGCUCAGGACUUCCUGCUCAGGUGGAGUUUCUUUGGUGCCAGAGUGAUGCACAACCUCACGCUCAACAACGCCUCCAGCUUUGGUUCCUUCCAUCUGAUCAGGAUGCUGCUGGACGAGUACAUCCUCCUGGCUCUGGAGACUCAGUUCAACAACGACAAGGAGCAGGACCUGCAGAACCUGCUGGACAAAUACAUGAAAAAUGCAGAUGCCAGUAAAGCAGCGUUCAUGGCUUCCCCUAGUUCCUGCUUCCUUGCUAAUCGCAACAAAUCCAGCGCCGCCGCUGACCAAUCAGUGAAGAACGAGUCUCUGGGAGAACACGCCUACAUGUCUCUGUCCACCAAUCAGCAGCAGCAGAGUCUGGAGACGAGCUCGGUCGUCUACCAGGGGACGGACGCUGCUGGUUUCACAGUUUCAGGUCAGAUGGACUUCUCUCAGGUCAGCGGCCCCCUCAUGACGCCCCCCAUCUCUCCGGCGGCGUUGGUGCACAGAGGCUCCGUCAUCAACCAGGGACCGAUGGCGGGGAGGCCCCUGACGUCCUCCUCCUCUUCCUCCUCCACCUGCCCCUCCUCCUCCUCCUCUUCCUCCUGCCUCUCCUCUCUCGGCGCAAUGAGCCAGCCCAGCCCCUGCUCUUCCUACCCGGAGACCCUGUACCACUGCUUACCUCAGACCAGCUCCGGUUACUUCCCUCCGUCCAGCGGCUCCUCGACCCCAAACUACCAGACUGCACUCAGACCUCAGAGCCAGAAUCAGUGUCUGGCUUCAGUCCAGUCUCAGACUUCCUCCCUGGCCUACCACCUCUCUCGGUACUCCUCCUUUAAUGACCAGCAGCUGACUAAAGACUUGUUCUACAAUCACCAUCGUCAUCAGCAUCAGCAUCAUCCCCCACCUCCGUCAGUCCAUCAUCACUCAUCCAGCAACACUAACUGCUCCCUGACACCUUAUGUCUCUGCAGCCCGACCCUCGUCCGGCUACAGUUCAGGUUCAGACCCGGUUCAGAGCGAACAGGGGCUGGACGCUCAGACUGCGGCUCAGAUCCUGGACUCAGCCGACGGGUUCAGCUUUGUGGGGUCUGGACUGAACCCGUCAGGCGGUGGGUGUCAGGGACAGACGUACUCUGCCACAGGAGGUUACUACGGCAACAGCAGUUACCUGGACAGCCAGCGGAUGACGUCGCUGGUCGACCAGCAUGUGUCCGUCAUCAGCAGCGUCAGCAGUCUGCGCGCCUUCCCCUCAACGUACUCGGAAGUCCACGACCCGCUCAACAUCCUGGACGAACCGGGACGGAAAACGUCAGGAGCUUAUUUCACGGAGGCAGACACUGGAGCAGAUCACUCGGGAUCUGCUCCCUGCAUGUUCGGAGGCUCCUCUCCGUUCACAUCGCAGGAAACGCUGUUGUCCCAGCAGCAGGUGACGUCGUCGUCCUCCGAGGUGCAGGACCUGGUGUCCUCGCUGCCUCCCAUCAAUACUGUCUUCAUGGGCACAGGAGGAGUGCAGUGACACUGAGCAUCCACUCGAGUCAAGUCCUGAUCGUUUCCAGACUCUGAAUGUUUGUAUGCAUCGAGACUAUUGGAUGGUGUGGAUAAAAACGAGCGAGUGAGGUGAAUGAUGUGACGAGGACAUCCAAGCUGCGAGGUACAGUAUGAACCUUAGAAGAAAGAUAAAGUAAGAUUAUAUAAAGGUUUUAAUCACUGCUGUAUUGUACCAUAUAGAGAGGAGAAAUGGAAAGAUAUUUAUUUGUAUGAAAAUGUGGAUUAUUAUUCAAAAAUAUACAAAUUAUGACAACAGAUACUC